GUACAGUUUACAGUGCAUCAAUCACUAUUGACGAAGGAACAGUUUAAUUUCAACCUGGAAGUGAUCAAGGCCAAUUCUCUUGACAAAAGUGAAGGAACUCAUACUUCUUCCGUCUCAUUUAUACUGUAACUUCAAAGUUGUAUUCUAUAUGGCAGCCCAAAAAGUCACAGAAUGGCGCAAACUGCCCAUCAGUCUCACAGAGCUUUGCAUCGAAACCACACUCCGAUGUGGCCAGUCCUUCAGAUGGCGCAAGAUAAAUGAACAAUGGCACUGCGUCCUCAAAGGCCGUCUCAUCUCCCUAAAACAAGAUCCCACCCAUCUUCACUACAAAGUGACAUGGCCUACCUGUACAGCAACUCCCAAACAUGAACACCCCCAAGACUCCGAAGACGACACCUCCACCCUCCUCCUCAACUAUUUCGCCCUCUCCCACUCGCUCACCACCCUCUACGCCCAAUGGUCCCUCUCAGACGCCAACUUCGCCCGGCGCGCGCCCGCUUUCACGGGGAUCCGCAUCCUCAACCAGGACGCCUGGGAGACGCUGAUCUCCUUCAUCUGCAGCAGCAACAACAACAUUUCACGCAUCAGCCAGAUGGUCCUGAAGCUGUGUACGCACUACGGUCCCUAUAUCGGCACCGUGGAGGGGGAAGCGUUCCAUGAUUUUCCGGGGCCGGAGGCGCUGGCGGGGGAAGGGGUCGAGACCCAUUUGAGGGAGCUGGGGUUUGGGUAUAGGGCUAAGUACAUUGCUGAGACGGCGGGGUGUGUGGCGCAGGUUUAUGGGGAGAAGUGGUUGUUGAGGUUGAGGAAUCCGGGUGUUCCUGCGUUGGGAGCGGCGACUAAGGAGGCUGUUGGUGGUGGUGGUGCUGAGGUAAAGAAGGAGGAAGAAGAGAAGGGGCAGAAGGAGAACCAUAUUGUUGAUUCCAAGGUUGACUUGGAUGAUGAUUCACCGACGUACAAGAAGGCCCAUGAAGCUCUGCUGACUCUGCCGGGUGUUGGCCCAAAGGUGUCGGAUUGUGUGUGCUUGAUGGGUCUCGGCUGGGGCGAGUCUGUUCCUAUCGAUACACACGUUUGGCAGAUUGCCCAGAGAGACUAUAACUUUGGUGGGAAAGGGGGUGCCAAGACCAAGACGCUCAACAAGGCCAUGUAUGAGGCCGUGGGCGACCAUUUCAGGAAGAUUUGGGGACCCCAGGCUGGUUGGGCGCAGAGUGUCCUCUUUACUGCGAAUCUCAAGUCAUUCUCGGAACAAGCAGCGGGGGCGAAGAAGGGGGCGGUGAAGGUGGAAGAGGAAAGCCAGGAAGAGAUGGUUACGAGCGCUGAGGCCGUGACUAAACCUGGAAAAAGGAAAGGAGUGGUGGUCAAGGUCGAAGAAAGCGAAGAGAUGGUUGCCACAACGUCGGCGGCGAAGUCUAGGAAACGGAAGACGGUUGCUGCGGAAGUGAUACCGAAGGCUGAGCCGGAGGCCAACGUCCAGACGACAACAACUCGGACGUUACGGUCCAGUAAAAGGAUAAAGAGCCAAGUCUGAGUUCGGGAAUGGCGCCGAUGGGGCUGCUAUGUUACCCAUAUAUACCAACUUGAACACCUGUCCCCAUCUCCGAAUUCACCUCCGCAGUAAACCAACUUUCCACUCUUUAAACACCCGUUCGGUGGUAGGCAGCAGAGAGUUACUCCUGUCUAGAUGUUGCAUGACUUCCUGAAUGGCCUUUACCGGAAGGUUCACCUCCUGGGCAUCGCCAGUGAGUGAAUCCAGCAUACGAUCAGCCUCCUCUCGAGGUACCAAACGAUAAAGCAGUUU